AUGAUGUCAGGCAAUCCCAAGGCGACAUCGCCCACCCUCCACCUGUGGACUCUCGAUCCUGUCAUCCGCGAGCUUCAGUCAUGUCCAGCUGCUCGUGCAGCAGAGUUCGCAGAUCUCAUAAUCCCUGGCCGCGUCAACCUUCUUAGUGUUGAGAAUGGCAACGCUGUCCAGAGUUCUGCUACUGUUUAUGGUGCCUCCAAAGUCACUGACAUUCCGGAAUUGACACUGUACAAAACAGGCGCUGGUUGGCCACACCCGCGCUCACUGAGAAAGAUUCUGGAGAAGCACCAGUCGUGGGUCGACGAAGCGCAACUGUAUCCGCCUAGACCCCCUCCUCUUUCUCUCCGUUUCUUAGAAGGUGAGACAAGUCGGGAGAGUAUAGCUCGAACGCUUGUGGAAUAUUUGGACGAUCAACAAUAUGCCGUAUACGCAACGACGCUCUCCUUCCGAUCGCCUGUAAUAGACCGAUGUCUCAGACUAUUUCAGGGCGAGAACGAGGCUUCGAGUACGCUCACCCGGUCAUCCAUCGACACCACUUCGAUCAUGUCCUGUGGAGCUCUUCUUCCCUUGGAGGCAUCAGCCUUGAUGAGCACCAGCACCAUACACGUCAUUACCGGUGUGCGCGUAUACAUCGUGUACCCGCCUAUGCCACAUAAUCUGGCGACGCUGAACAAGUAUCUCAUAGAUCUUGCCGGAGAUGUCGCGCCAAACUACGCAAGUGUAUGCCAGGAGUUGGAGAACGGGAUCGCCUUCGUUCAGCGUGCCGGACAGGCUGUGACUAUACCGCCAUGUUGUCCAACGGUGGUGUUCGCAACCAAGACCAGUGCCGCUGUUACCGUCCGUUCUCGGUACGUGGAAGACUUGCCAUUGCGACUAGAGCAUCUCGAUAUCCUGAUGGCUCAGAUUGUAUCAAUACAGCUCGUAUGUCGGCAAACACCAGAAGAGUCAUUGGAAUACCACACCACACAGCUGUACAAGGACAUAACGACCGUUCUUAGAGCACUGGAGCCGAGUGGUGCCAAUCGCGCGUUGCUCUUAGCCUUGGGCGCUGUGUGGGAAAGGGAACACCCUCGUUUCCGUGGUCUCGUAGAAUUACAUGUCGAAAAAGCGCUGAGAGAGCAUAUUCGCCGGAAUGUCCCAAGAGUGUGGAGCCUAGCUGUUCAGAACCAAGGUCUCAGGCAUUGCCCUAUCUGCAAGGUGAGCAUUAAAGGUCUGCAUGUAGUGUUCAUCACCCACUUCCAAACAGAACACUGGGAUGUGGGCGAAUACACUCACCCAGACAAGGAGGAUUUGAUAUCUGUUGCGGGUGAGGGUUCGCGACAGCUCACUGGGGAUGGCGACAUGUCAGACGACGGCGAUCACGCUGACUCUCGUCUGACCGCCGGGUGA